AACAAAUUCGAGCCAUUUUUGUCCCCAAGAGAUACAUUUUAUAACGUAUACUGAAAAACAUCGAAAAAACGUCAGGAAUUUUCCUGGAAAAACGAAAGUCACUUCAAGGAAAAUUCGGGAAAUUUUACUGUAUCUAGGAAAUUUUAUAUAUCAAAUACUUUCACAAUCACAAGCAAGACUCUGCUAGAGACAACACGAAGCGAAAAAUGAAUCCUAACGAUAUAAUACACCUCAACGUUGGUGGACAAAGAUUAUCUACUAAAAGAUCUACUCUAUGUCGAGUAGAAGGUUCGUUACUUGCCUCGAUGUUCAGUGGAAGAUGGAAUCACGAGCACGACCACGAUGGCGCUGUCUUCUUGGACUACAACCCAGAAUUUUUUGUUCCCAUUAUAAAUUAUCUGCGCGCCAUGGAAUAUGCCACUACAGGCAAUCCCCCAUCGUUCCCACAGUUACGAGAAGAUCAAAUAAAAGAUUUCCAACGUUUUAUCCAGUACCUCGGGUUGAGCGGUGAAAUCUUCUCCCGUGAGAAAUUCAAUGCACACAGCAUCAAUGUAGUUACUCUUCAGGAAGGCGGGACAGUUGCAGUUCAUGGUCCAAAUGGAGGACAUAUGGGUUAUGUUCUGGGAGAAAAUGUUUACCAACAAGGCAUUGUUCACUUCAAGUUGAAGUUGGAGUCGUUUCAAGUCAAUGAGUGGAUGUUUGUCGGCACAGUGAAAGCGUAUCUUGUACCACCGAAUAACAAUUCACAUCAAUGGCCUGAUUCAUAUGGAUGGGUACUCGGGCAGUAUGGUCAAGUAUGGAAAGACGGAUCACCUACGUAUGAUGCUUUAAAAAAUCUCACUAAACAAGGCGACACGGUUGAGUUAGUCUUGGAUUGCGAUGCUGCCAAGCUGUCACUACAUUUGCCCACUGGUCAACAAUUUCACAUCGAAAUACCCAAGUCACAAACCUGGAGACUGAAUGUAAAUUUGGGUUGUGCAAAUGACAAAGUGCGCAUCAUCCAUGACAAUGUAUAGUGAAAUGAAAGACUUUAUUGUCUUUGUAAACCUAAACGAUCUUUGUCAGUGUAGGUAGUGGCAAUAAUAAGAAAGUCUUGGAUUGAUAGGGACAGGCCUCGAAUUUCCCUGAAAUCAAUCGACGGCAAUGGCGUUAAAAAUUGCCGUAGAACAUAACAGCUGUCUACGGCAAUUUUGGCAGUUUCCACGGCAUUUUUCAAAUUACUGUAAUAAAACUUUAAUUUUAUUGUCACUUUGGAUUUUUGACAAGCUAGAAACAUGUCUACGUAUUUCUUUAGUGUUUUUUUUUCCGAAGAAAACUGAGACUAAAAUAGUGAUUUACGCAUGAUUUGAUCAACAUCUGAAUUCAAGUAUCAAAGUAGUAUAAAUGCACAGACUACACGGCAAAAAAUUGCCGUCGUUGCCGCAAUGAUCCACGGCAUUUUGUUCUCCCUCUACGGCAAUUGCUGCGAUAAAAUUCGAGCCCUGGAUAGGGAUACAACUACCUGAAGAAUACAAGGAGAACAUCAACGUUUUGAGUGAAGUCCCUUCGUCUUGUAUUUCCGGGUAGUUGUAUUCCUAUCAAUGUGAAGCUUUCUUUGUGAACCUAACUUCUUACCAUAAGAACUACUGACUGUAGAUAUAGUCAAAUUAAACCCUCCAAAUUAAACCCUUCCUUUAAAUUUGGUAAAAUACAUUAUAGACGGGGGGUAUAGGUAAAAUAUUAUCUAGGUAAGAUGGUUUGUAAAAAACAAUAACAUUAUUUCCCACUUUCUUCGUUUAAUUAAAUUAGUUUGUGCAUGUAGUAUUUAAAAAUCAAGUAAUAACAAAUAUAUCGAGA